CCACCUCCACCAACCCACCUGGGCCAUGCCCUGAUUGGGUGCCACGGAGCCCUCCUGUCUUUCAUCAGAGCUGGAAAAACUGCAUUUCUGAACCUUGUGAUGAGCUUGCAAAGAAAAAGCGGUUGAAGCUUAACGACAGAGCUGAGAAGCUGGCCAUGGCGCUGCUCAAGAUCCUCGUCCCUCUCCUGAUCGGGUUUGGCGCUUACUAUUUCUACCCACAGGAGACUUUCUCUGCAGAGAUGGUGCGAGGAAUGCGCGUGUUGGUGACGGGUUCAAGUUCGGGCAUCGGGGAGCAAAUGGCCUACGAGUUUGCACGGAUGGGCGCCCACCUCGUGUUGACCGCCAGGAGGGAGGAGCAACUGCAGAAGGUGGUGAAGAAGUGCCAGGAGCUGGGUGCUAGUUCUGCCCACUACGUGGUUGCAGACAUGGGCAACCUGACCGCUGCCCAGGAGGUGGUGGAAGAAACUAAGGCCAAGUUGGGAGGUCUCGACCAGCUAGUUCUGAACCACGUUGGAGGAACCUCCUUCGGUCCAUUCAAAGGAGCAAUCGAGCCUGUGAUCAAGUCGAUGACUGUCAACUUCUUCAGCUACGUCCAGUUGACCAUUUCUGCCAUGGAUCUACUGCUGGAAUCUAAGGGGAACAUCGUAGCCGUCUCCUCCCUUGCUGGACGUGUUCCAAGCCCCUUCAGUGUCUCUUACUCAGCAGCCAAGUUCGCCAUGGAAGGAUUCUUCACCUCGCUACGUACCGAGCUGCGCCUGAGGAACAUGUCCCUGCCCAUCACUGUGGCUGUGCUGGGCUACAUCGACACCGAAAUGGCCGUGAAGUCCGUGGGAAACAAAAUCACCCAGAGGCCGAGCCCUAAAGAAGAAUGUGCCCAGCGGAUUGUGAGGGGCGGAGUGUUGCGUCACCGCGAGGUCUUCUAUCCCUACUGGGCCCUGAAGCCCAUCCUGUUGUGCAGAGAGCUGCUGCCAGACUUCGUGGACCAAAUCAUAGGCUACGGCUACAGACUGGAGAACAUCCUCUAAAACUCAAAGGACCACCCAGCAUCGCCAUCCGUGUCUCCCAAAGAUCGGGACUGCUCGCUAGUUAGACCCGCAGUGUUUGCGGCGAAUGCAAGGGAAAACUAAAGCCCCCACCCCUGUAGGAAGGAGAGCCAUGGUCCAAAUGGCGCCAUUUCCUCCUCCUUUCCUCAGCUCACCUUUACUCUGGUGCAGGAUUUGGAGUCCUGCCCUGUUAUCCAGAUGCAGCUCUUGCAUUGUGUAAAACCCAGCAGCAAAUCAAACACUUCUCGGGUGCCCAAUUUUUUAAGCCCUGUUGGGGAAUCUGGAACCAAAUACUUACUGAGCCUAAAAACUGUGAUCAUUGUUGAUAUAAGUGUAGUAUGCAUAUUGCAUACCCGUAGUAUGUCUUUAGUAAAGGAAGUCACACCACGGUGGAAAUGGUCCAAUGUCCUGUUAGUAACCUGGACUAAGCUGGGAAAAAAGAAAACAAGACCAUUCAUGCUUUUUUAGCCACCAAUAUAUCACAGGUAUGAUUAUUAAUAUAAAGCCGCAUGACGUAUUUCCUGGGUCAAAGGUCAAGGCAAAGAGAUCGAUGCAGCGCACCCAUGAAACGCAAAAGCUGGAUUCACAAGAUACAUCAGACCGCAAGGUAGCCAAUCCCUGUUGAACACAGAGGGUGCAAACCCAUCCCAUCUAUUCAAUUAGGAGAACAUGGUGCUGGACAAGCCCGGAAAAUUGAACUGUUCAUGUAAUGUUCAGUAAAUCAAAAUUAUCCCGGCUGGAUGUGCUAUCCUGAGCUGCACAAAUUUUAUUUAUUUUUUAGUAACAAAGCCAACAGAAGCAUCUUAUGCUGCUAUCAUCAUACCCAUAAAUUGCUAGAUUUGCAGCCCAGAAUGGCUGAUUUGAGUUUCAGACUUGCUCAGCAAGGGCGAAGGCGAUCUCUACCGACAGCAUCUGGCCCGGAGGUGGAAUUCAGCAAGUUCUGACCAGUUCUGGAGAACCGGUAGCGGAAAUUUUGAGUAGUUUGGAGAACUGGUAAAUAUCACCUCUGAAGUGGCCCCACCCCCAUCUAUUCUCUGCCUCCCAAGUCCCAGCUGAUCGGGAGGAAAUGGGGGUUUUGCAGUAACCUUCCCCUGCCACGCCCAACAAGCCAUGCCCACAGAACCGGUAGUAAACAUUUUUGAAUCCCACCACUGAUCUGGCCCUAGCAGUCACAGAAACAAAGUCUUUCUCCACUUAAGUAAAGUUUUUGUAAAACUGCAGAAUUUGAAGAACAUUUUUGGGCACAUUUGCAAUUAAAACAUAGUCUGGAAGCCCCUCCCACAACGGAGUCUCAUUUCACACGAACCUUUUAAUCUUUUAGGCUUUCACACAAACCUUUUAACUGACCGUGAUGGCCUCCUGGGACAUCCAGGUAACCUGGUCAUCUUUUUCCACCUGCCCUGGCUGCCUUUCCAUUCCCCACCCCCACCCCGUGAAAGCAGAUGAACCAUCGGUUCCAGCAUAAACAGCCCAGAAGCACCGCUCCCCAAAUGGAUGGAAGUUCCGGGGCCCAUCACUUCUGCAGGUCUUCAGGAAGGCGUCAGAAUAUCAGACAGAUCCUUGUUUCCUGUACCACGGACAUCCAUGGGGGGGGGGAGGGGGGAGUCAAAAAAAGUCAAGAGGGCAGCUGCAACUACACAGUUGAAGAAUGGAAAUGGGGGUGGAACUUCACAGCACAGCUGCAGCUGCCCUCUUGACUUCUCAUGACACCCCCCCUCCAGCUCUCCCCAAACUCUAGAUUGCUGUCCCAGACUAGAAUCCAUUGGACACUUGCAGGUUCCCCCAAACCUGCAAAUGGGCGGUGGGGACAAGAGUAUUCCUGGUGUUGUCGUUUUCCUGCCUCGGAAAUCAUUCCAGGAAGUCUCU